AUGAAUUUUGAAUUUGAGAGGGAGAUCGGGUUUAUAAAUAGCCAGCCUUCGCUCGCAGAGUGCCUGACGUCUCUUCCCGCUGUCCUGGAGACAUUUCAAACUUCAUCAAUCAAGGACUCGACAUUAAUUCCUCCUCCUUUUGAGCAAACCGUCCUCAGCCUGAAUCCUUGUUCCAGCAGCCAGGCAAGACCGAGGAGCCAAAAAAGAGCAUCUCAUGGCCUGCUCCAGCUCCAGCCCCAGCCUCCGGCACAGCCCGGCCCCUUGGCAGCGGAAUUCCCCUGGAUGAAGGAGAAGAAAUCGUCCAAGAAAGCUACCCAGGCUCCAUCCUCUUCUUCCUCCUCUUCCCCCCCAUCAUCUUCCUCGAUGCCGGUCCCUGCCGAGGGGCUGGCAGACACCAGCGGCUCCAGGAGGCUCCGGACCGCGUACACCAACACGCAGCUGCUGGAGCUGGAGAAGGAAUUUCACUUCAACAAAUACCUCUGCAGGCCCCGGCGGGUGGAGAUCGCGGCUCUGCUCGACCUCACCGAGCGGCAGGUCAAGGUCUGGUUCCAGAACCGCCGGAUGAAGCACAAGAGGCAAACCCAGUACAAAGAACACCCCGACGGGGACCUCGCCUACCCCAACCUGGACGAGGGCAGCGACCCCGCGGAGGAGGCUGAGGAGAGCCCCGCUUUCGGGCCGGCUCCGGAGCCCAGCGGGCGCACCGGCCUCAUCCCGAGCCACUGCCCCCCUGCCUACCCCGAGAGCCAGGACUCGCCUUUGUUGCCAGAGCUGAGCAUCUUCUCGGCAGAGUCCUGCCUGCAGCUCUCGGAGGGGCUUUCCCCCAGUCUCCAAGGCUCCCUGGAGAGCCCCGUCCACUUCUCCGAGGAAGACCUGGACUUUUUUACGAGCGCACUUUGUACUAUAGAUUUGCAACAUUUAAAUUUCCAAUAGCGAGCCCCGCUCCCCGCCCGCCUCGCCGUUUCUGCCCCUUCCAGGCGCACCGGCCUCAUCCCGAGCCACCACUGCCAGCUCCCCCCCGUCUUCUGUAAGGGGGUGGGGGGCCGCUCCCCAAAAUAAACCCAAGCCAUUUCUCAUUCAAUCACCCCAUCCCGCCCCCCAAGCACUUUCUUUUAAAGCUCCUGACACUGUGGGACCCGCAUCACCCUCCCAAUAUUUAUUCUAGAAGGCUCACAUGACAGAACAGCCCGAGUUUUGCUAAAUGCAGGUAUUUAAUUAUAGUUUUAUUUUUUUUCUUAUUUAUUUUAAAGAAAGCACUCGCUAGUUCUCAUGCACAUCAGAGACGUCAGCCCCCAAGAGAAAACAUUUGUAAAUCCUUCAAGCGACUUUCUCAGGAAUCAGAACGAGACUUUUAGAUUUCUUAAUAAAAUAAAAUUAAAAAAAAAAAAACAGAGGAAUUUUCUUUCCUCUUUUUAAGUUUUAGAUGUAGACUAUUUAUUCAAAUCCUUUAAUAGUAAAUGGCAAAUUAUUUAUUGUACAUUAUUUUCAUAGAGUAAAUAAAUG